CUCCAUCUCCAGCAGCACUUUCUACGAGCGAGAACGUCGUCGCGUUUGCGGGAAUUAUUAAUUAAUUAACUGUAAAAAUAUAGUAUAAAUUUGCACAAAAAAUGCAAACAACUGCGAGCGGAUACAGUUGUGUGCAGUUUUAUUUCGUUUCAUCCCAAAAUGUGUUGCGUGCACGCGCAAAUAUGUCGUGGUGAUGCCAGAGUCAGCUAAAAAAGGCGAUGUAGUAUGAUUUUGCAAGACGUUGAAAAACUGAGAAUAACAAAGCGAAGUCAAGGUGAAAAUUAUACAAAAAUUAAUGGAUGCGCGAUCCGAUAGCAUAUGCAUAUCAAAUUAACGAAAUAUGCUCGUAUUUCGGAACGAUCAAAACUGUGUGAAAAUAAUUUCAAGGUUUGCAGCGCGAGCAAGCGAAUAGAAAGCAAAAGUACUGGGAACUGAACGAAAUAAGCAACACACUGCAAACUAUAACUGAUUGUAAUAACAACUAGUAGAUCAAAACGAUAAUAUUUAUUGAGCAGUUAAAGAAGAGCAGGAACAACGAUAUGAAGUACACAACAGGAACAGACAACGCGCUGCCUACUGGCAGCAGCAGCAGCACCGACCCCCAAAAUGCAUUAAACGAAGUGCAAUCAGGUGUCACAACCACACAACAACAACAACCAGAACAACAGCAGCAGCAACUGCAGGAGCAACAGCUCGUAGCAACGACAAGUUCCGGCCAAAGCACGGCCGCCGCUUCAAACCCCAAUUUAAAUCCAAAUGCAAACCCAAAUCCUAGCAACAACAACCAAAUUGAUACCAAUGCUAAUAACAGCGACACAGCACCAGCAUCAGCAGCAGCGACAACGGCCACGGCAACGACAACAAAUGCUUUAUUUUGCGAGCAGGUGACGACAGUGACGAAUCUGUUCGAGAAAUGGAACGAUUGUGAACGCACAGUGGUCAUGUAUGCGCUGCUGAAGCGACUGCGCUAUCCCAGCCUCAAGUUUCUACAGUAUUCCAUAGAUAACAAUCUGACACAGAAUCUGGGCACAUGCCAGUCGACUCUGAACAGCGUCGUCAUUGACAUCAAUGCAAAUAAUCCAGCCUACUUGCAAAAUCUAUUGAGUGCUUACAAGACGUGUCAGCCCAACGAUUUAGUUGAAGGCAUGUCGUCCUCCUCGUCGGACAAGGACUCAAUGCAUUGCUACGGCAGCGACUUUCAGAUAACCAGCACAAAUGCAACCCAGAUGAGCGGAGACGAGCGCAAAUUGUGUGUGCGCAAGGAGGAUAUACUGCACGAGGUGCUUAAUAUGCUGCCACUGCUAAAGCCGGGCAACGAGGAGGCCAAGCUGACCUACAUGAUGCUGAUACCCCUGGCUGUAAAGGACACAGCGCAGCAGCUGGUCCCCACCGAGCUGGUGCAGCAGAUAUUCUCCUAUAUGCUUAUACAUCCCGCCAUUGGCAGCGAUGAUCGCCGCUCGCUAAAUGUAUGGCUUCGCCAUCUCGAGGAUUAUAUACAGGCGAAUAAGCGCAGCAGUUUCUUUGUACAGCCGGAUCAGCUGCAGCUGCAACUGCAAAUGGCCACAGGCGCUAUUUCGGACAGCUCGUCAUCGUCCUCCUCAUCGUUGGGCAACUUGACGCGCAGCUUUGAUUGGCAAACGAUUGCACCGCCAAGCAGACACCACAGCAAACAGCUGCCUAGGCAACCAGGUGAAUGGCGAGGCAGCGUUAGCGGCUCCUGUGGCUCCAUCAAUCCACUCUGUGAUAAUUUAAACGGUAUUACACUGAACGAAUUAGCAUCUAGUCAGAAUAGCUUAGGACUCUCCCUGGGCAGCAACUCGUCGCUGGUCAAUGGCGUCGUUGCUGGCGCUGCAGCGGGCUCCAUCAUGGGCAUUGGCGGCAACGAUGAUCAUGACACCUCAUUCAGCAAGAAUGGCACAGAAAUCCUCGACUUUGAGCCAAUUCAUUGCGAUGGUGCAAGCAAUGGAACUGCGGAGACAAGCGGCAUAUGUAGCGCUAGUCUUAGUCAGCAACAGAGUCCUUCACAAGCUGCUUCAAUACUUCCUCAGCUGUUGCAGCCGCCACCGCCACCUCCUCCGCAUCAGCUGGCAUACUCCUCUAUACUAAUGGGAUAUGUGGGCGAUCAGUUUGGUGACGUCAAUCGCUGGAGCCUGGAUAGCAAGAUUGCAGCGCUUAAGACCCGGCGUUCGAACAGUCUGACCACACAAACGAUCUCCAGCUGUUCAUCAAACUCAUCGAACUCGUCUGUGAUUACGGUUAACGACAACUGCUCCAACUCAACAGAGAAUUUGGCUCAGUUCGCAAAUAAGCCGCGCAGCUUUUCUCUGUCCAUUGAGCAUCAUCGCGCCAACAGUACACUGCCGAACAGUACCUCGGACACCCGCCUCGAUGACUUCAAGCCCAGCUACAUUAAAUUCCAGACGCGUAAUGUGGGUAUGUCCGGAAUCGGCUUGUGGUUGAAGUCGCUGCGUCUGCACAAGUACAUUGAACUGUUCAAGAAUAUGACGUACGAGGAAAUGCUACAAAUUAGCGAAGAGUUUUUACAGAGUGUUGGUGUGACAAAGGGCGCGUCUCACAAGUUGGCGUUGUGCAUUGAGAAACUGAAGGAACGCUCGCACAUUCUCAGCAGGGUGGAACAGGAUCUGCACACGGGUCAGAUGAAGAUAAGCAACGCUAUCGAGGAACUCACAAACAUUGUGCUGACGCCAAUGAAGCCAUUGGAAUCGAAUUCUGGUGAGGACAAUAUUGGGUUGCGUUUCCUCAAGGUAAUCGAUUUGGUCAGCAAUGCCUUGCAACAAGAUCCUUACUGCGUUCCGGAUGAAGAAACACUGGGUGUGUUCAUGUGGAUACUUGACCGUUCCAUACACAACGAGGCAUUUGUAAAUCAUGCUAAUCAAUUGAAGGAACUCAAGUUUAAAUUGUCCAAGAUAAAGAUGUCCAUGGUACCCAAGCUUCACCAUGUGAAGACAGCAAGUGGCACAACCAGCAAUAUGAAUAAGCCCAGGUGGAACGGAAAGACCCGCAAAUGUGAUCCAAAAAAUGGCAGUACUGAUCGCAUCAAUCAUCGCAAGAAUUCAAAUGAUAUGCUGAAUUUUUCGCUGAGCUGUUUACAGCAUCCGAUACAGCAUCAUCAGCAGCAGCAGCAGCAACAACAACAACAACAGCAGCAGCAGCAGCAGCAGCAACAACAGCAGUUUGAUUACAACGGAGGAUAUCAGACGCAGCAGUACAAGAGCUCCUCAUACCCCAACUUUAUGAAUAAUCCUCAGCAACAGCAGCAGCAACCGCAGAAGCAUCAUUCACAGCAAAUGCAGCAAAUGUUGCAGCAGCAUGCACAACACUUUCCAGCGUUGCCUCAACAGACGCCACCGCCUCAUCACAGACGUUCGUUGAAUAAUCUAAUUGUAGUCGCAGGCGGGCCACAGCAGCCGCAGCAACUGAUCUUUAAGCCCGGCCAAGGGAUACUCACCAAUAGCAACAACAACGACAAUCUGCAGCAGCAGCAGCAGCGUAAGCCUAGCUUAAAUGGUCUCACUAAUGGAUCCAAUUUAAUAUCAACUGUGGAGCAGCAACCAAAGAAAACAAUGGCCGCUGUGGUAAUGGUUAGUAAUGUAAAUCAAACUGAAUCCAGCCAGCAGCAGCAGCAGCCACCGCAAAUAUUAAUAAACAACAACAAUAAUAAUAACAAUAACAGUAACGGCAGUAACAAUAAUAAUAACAAUAAUAUAUUGAACAACAAUUCGAUUAAUCAUCAGCAGUUGCAAUUGCUGGCUGCUGCUGCCGCCGCCGCUGCAGUAGGUAAUGGGAGCUGUUUGUGCCCCGGUGAUGGUUGUAGUGACGAUGUCGUUGCCUGUAGCGCAAUAUGCAACAACAAUAAUAAUAACAAUAACAAUAAUAAUUUUAAUAAUAACAACAGCAGCAGCAAUAGGGAUCACUGCCUGUCUCAGCCGCAGCUUAUUAACUUAAGCAUGGCCUCGCUUAAGGAAAGCUUCAAUAUGCAGCCGCAUGAUUAUAAAUUGAAUGACUUCAAGAGCUUGGAGCAGCUCGAGACUCUGUGUCGGCAAAUGACUGAGCAGGCAAUGAAUUAAGCUGUUGGCAAUGUA